AGCUUCGAAUUUCGUCAUUUAAAUUUGAAAUUUCUACAGCAAAGCACCUUUAAAGUAAAUUUGUAAAACAACCAGAAAUUGUUGAAAUACAAGAAAUAUUCAUGAAUCGGGAAGUUGUUUUGAAACCUGCAUCAGUUUGUUUUGACAUAAUUUAAAUAAUUAUUAAACAUUCGACUGUUGCAUGAACUACAUUGUUUUCAAAAGUUUUUUAAGUGUUUUUAUUUUCAAAUUGGUCUUGGGCAAAGUUCUUCGGACCGCUUUUGUUUCGACGAUAUUUUUAUCAUUAUCUGAAUAAAACAAAAAGCGAAUAGAUCCACGAGAAAAGUGUCAGGUGUUAAUAAAAUUAACAUGAGCUACGCGUACAUUGAACUAAACAAUAAUAAGUACUACAACAAUUUGCGAAACUUAAACAACAAUAACAUAAACCAGGGCUCCACAAGAGUUCAUCUUAUGUUGCAUCUGCAGAUGAACCACAUUUCUAUGCAAAUUAACAAGAUCAAGAAAUUUAAGAGAGUUAUUUAUAGAAGACACGUAAAAAUGCCUACUUCGGUGACCGUUUCGUGGUUGGGAGCCUAAAGAGUUACAAUUUCCUUAGGGACUCACGAAGAGUUCAACAAAUUCUAUUCAAAAUGGUUGCUCAAAAGAUCACCGUCUGUCGAGGAGACGAUAACGGAAAACAGUACAGAUUACAAAAAGAAAGACAUGGUUUUUUCCCAAACGUGUCUCAAUACUCAACGUCUUUUGAAACUGAUAGAGAUAGAUCGCUUAAAGUUCGGAAAGAAUCAACAGGUGAACCGUCCUUACGGAGGCACUACCGACCUAAGAACUCAGCCAACACUCUCGCCCGCGACUACCGCCAGCUUUUCAGAGGACUAUCCGAAACCGGAGCCGAUAUUCCAGAGUACAAUGCUCCACGAAUCGGACUGCGAGUUCUUCCAAGAUCUGGUUCAGUGGUGCGACGAGCCCGCGCAGGAAGAAGUAGUACAGUCCAUUGAUCAAGUAAAACCGACCGACGCAAGGGCACACAAUACAGACACACCGCACACACAAUUCUCACCUCAGGGUUGGGAUACAAUCGACGCUAACUCGCCGCCGCCACACAUUUAUAACACCCUGAGCUAUCCCGUGCCACUGAACGUGGACGAGAUGGCCAAGUUCAACGUGGAACUGUUCAGCCAGUCGGCCACGAACGACGGAGUGCCGUUCCAAGAACAAUUUUUAGAUUUUAGUACAUUACCUGUUGUGAUAGGCGACUUAGCGGCCGAGGGGAUGGCCCACGCGGAGCCGUGGCUCGCCGCGGACUCCGAGUGGCACACCACAGACUAUACAAAAUCCAUCAACACAUUCGACACAAUGCCCUUUAUCCACCAAGAUGAUUCGAUGGACAAGAAGUACGUAGCGGUGACGCCGCACGAAGUGGAGAGUAACGUGAUCAUCAUCAGCGAGGACGCGAGCCGGCCCGCGCCGCUCCGCUCCGCUCUCUCCGUGGAUGUGUCGCGCGAGGCGUGGCCCGAUGACCUCAUCAGCACGCCGGAGGUCCUCAGCUUUGUAGAGCAGUUGGAGACUGAAAAAUGUCCACUGCUCGCAUCGACUCUGCCGGAACCCGAGCAAAACAUCACGGAGAUAACGAAGUUCGAUUAUUCCCCGAUACCCACACCGGCCACGCCGGUCAAGUACCCCUUGCCGAUCACGCCCAAAACAGAGUCGGAGACAGAAGAUGACACCAACCCGCCGCCCAGGAAGAAACGACCGAGGCGCGACAGCGACGACUCGGACGAGACCUACACGCCUUACACUGAAACCCAGCGCCCGAGGAAGGUCAGCCGCAAAGCGCCCAAGAAAGACAUCAAGCAGAUGAUACAGGCGCUAGAGGGCGCGCAGCAACAGCCCAAGAAGAGAGGUCGACCCCCCGGGAGACGAGUCAGCACGGUGUCGACCGUCAGCAACAACUCCGCCGUCUCCACACACGAGUUCAAGUACAGGGAGCUGCGAGACAAGAACAACGAAGCCUCCAAACGCUCCAGGAUGAACAGGAAGCUCAAAGAACUCCAAAUGGAACAGCUCGCCGACGAGCUCGAAGAGAGAAAUAAGAAACUAAAAGUCCGCGCUGACCUUCUGGAGGAAAUGGCGAACAAGCUGCGCAAAGUAUUCCUGUCGACGGUCCAGAAGAAGGCCGGUUAAACUUGCCUCGAUGUAGUGCUUGUGCACUGUUGCAAUAUUUUACAUCUAUUUUCAUAGAUAUUAGCAACUUGAGGGCUAAAGCCAGUGUAAUUGUAAAUUACGAUAUGGUUAUUGGUGGAGCUUUAGCUCUUUUCGUUGUGGCGCGUUAAUAUUAUUUUUUAAAUUAAAUCUCGGACUUGACGAAAUUCUUUUUACCCGGAUUUGACUUUAAUGUAAUAGUUAAGCAUUGUUAAUAAUAUUGAUUGUAUGUAUUUCAAACACUUAUUAUAUUUUUUCUGAUGGUGUUUUGAAAUUAUAAGUUUUGUUAUAAUUACUUACUUAGUUUUAGCUUAAGCCUUUCGAUGCCGCAAAGACGCUCGAAAAUAAUGAUAAUAAAACAAAAAAAUCUACAUUUAAAUUAUCUAUUCAUCAAUUAAUUAUUAGUUUUAAAUCAUGCAUGGUUAUUUGAUUGCAAUAUGUAGGUUUACCUAUAAAAUAGCUUAUUCUUUCAUCGUAUGUAUUUUGGAAAUAAAUGAUAUGAUUUGUUGAA